AUGCUCACUCCGAAUAAAUAUUGUACUGCCCCAGAUUUCAACAAAGUAACCUCCCACCCCAUGACAAGUAUAGACCCCUCCGACACUGCAGGAAUACCCGACACUUGCUGUUUCUGCCUAGGAACUGACAUUGACAUCCCGUCAUUUGGAACGAUUCAAGAUGCACAAGAUAUGCUAAAACCAUGUUCCACAUGUUCAUUAGUUUGCCAUCGAAGAUGUUUAUUGGAUUGGCUCGAAACCAUCCCUCCUGAUAAAUUGCGUGUCAUACACGCCAGUGCAAACCCCGCAAAUGUCUCGCUAUUAACGAGGAUGAACCGAGAACAUGCUGGUGAUAUUGGUAUAGGACAAGCGCAAACUGCAAACACAACAAUCAGAAUCGAUAUAACAGCACUGGCACUUGAGAGUUGGUUCAAUAAUAUAACCAAUUUUGCAACCAAUGAUAACGAAACAGAUGAGGAUAGUGAAAACGACUCAUUUGUUGCAGAUGAUGAACAAGAUUUAUCUCAUGAGCAUAUGGUGCACAGGAGUGGUAGAGGCAGUCAUAGUGAGAAUUCUUCAACGAACACUAGUGAGUCGAUAGUGUACAUUUUAGCUCCAUGUCCACAAUGUAAGAAAUGGAUAAUGUUUUCCAUGAAGAGAUCUUUGCUACUUACGAUACACUCGACUUUGAAAUCAGCUGUUACGAGACUAGUGAGAUAUGGUACUAUAUUCCUUGGAAUUACAUCUGCACUCACAGGUAUAGUAUCAAUGGGAUACAUUGGAUUAACAAGUGUUGGUUUGAAAAUGAUGGAUAAUAUUAUUCCUGCUCCUUUGUUGAUACGUUUAUUGACACGCAAAUCACUACUCAAGUCACAAAGCACAUAUUCUUCGUUAUCGAGGAUAUUAUUCGGCAACUCUGCAUCUUAUGCUGUUGAUAAUUUAGAGCAAGCUUUGGUUCAAGGGUUGAUUGAUCCGUUAAAGUUUUCACGUAUUCCUGUGUUGCCAUUGGUAAUGUACCGAGCAAGAUCAUCAUCCAUUUUCAAGUUAAUCUUUGGUCGUCGUGAUGAAGAGUUUCCUAGUGCAUUAAUAACUGAGUUUAUGAUUAGUGCUUACAUUUCCUCAAUUGGCGACCAUUCCCUCGUUCGUGCUAUUUACAGAAACGUCAAAUCCGAUUUCAUUAAUGGGCUUCAACACGGAUUGAAUUUCACGGUCAAUCCUUUAAGAGAUAUUGAUCUCCUUUCUACAAACAAUAUAAUAUCAAUGUUGGCACCAUUGCGUUGGACUUAUGAUCUUGCGUAUCGCCUUUCAUUCAAUCGUGCUUAUUUCAAUCUCACUAUGGAAUCAAGACCUAGAGCAAUAGCAAAUAGUCUAAGCGAAGCUGAAAUUGAUCAAUUAGAAAAUUUGAAUAAUCAGUUGAAUGAUUUCACCACCGAACAUCGCAAAAUUUAUCACAAUAUUGACAAACGUAUUGAAGCAAGCACAUCCUCAAACAUCCCCGUACUUUCAACAUUGGUCAAGUUUGCUCAUAAACAGGUUUUGUACUUGCAUGCUUUACGCAAAUCAUGGCUUAAAUACAUCAAGUUGAAAUUGAUUUCAAAUGUCAAAUUCACGUGGGCAUGUCUUCGAUUUGACUACUCUACACCAUUAGCUUCAAAUGGAGCCAUUAUAAAAAGCCUAACAACAAUAUUUUGGCCAUACCUUGCAUCGAAACUAGGUUUGUUUAUUGCUCCUUUAUUGAGCAAGCACUUUAUCGUUUAUGAUAAAUUACAUGUUGACAAAAAGAUACUCAUUGCUAAUAUUGUCGGGUUGGUUCUUGUAGCAAUUGGGAAAGAAAUUCCACUGCUUUAUAUGGCCAAGAAAAAAGUUCAACAAAUGUCAAAAAUUGUACUGGUUGAUUCAAAAGAUCUUGGCUUUUUCAAAAGCUUAACUGCGAGUCUUUUACGAGAGGGGAGAAACGAUGAUAAUUACGACGACGAUGAGGGUACGUUAGGUGAAGCGGGGAAUGCAUUACUUAAUGAUCUUGCUAAUUUGCCUGGUACUUUCCCUCAAUAA